GCCAAAUAUCGCAAAUUACUGGUACAAAAUCAUAGUCAUAUUGUAGAAACUGUUCAAGAUAAUUUUGAAGAAGAAUCAUCACAACUGGAACAUCUAAUUGACAAAUUACCAUUUGACGAUCCUAUUAUGGCAAUUGAUUAUAUUACGAUUGACAAUGAAGUGGUUGAAGAAGAAACAGUAAUGGAAGAUGAAGAAAUCAUAGCUACAGUCACAUUGACAUCUAACAAUGACAACUCAUCACAUACCAACAAUAAUUCCACCUCAACUAAUGGUGGUGGUGGUUUUGUACCAAGUAUAAUCGCAGAAAUAGCAUCUUUGGUUGUUAUAAUUUCAGGAAUACUUGUAGCUUUUUUUUAUAUUUUAAAACGUAGAAAAUCUAAGGCUGGAAAGAUUAUUGAAAUGCCAAGUAGUUCUGACUAUAAUAAACUGAGAAAUUAUUGA